CCUGUAUUUCGUUAUUUGGUUUGAUUCAGUUUGAUUUGGUUACAAAAAGACUAAUUAGCCGUGACAAAAUAAGUGAAAUAAACAAAGCGGCGUAAUAUAUAAAACUAAUUAUUUCUAAGGGAUUUUUAAUAACGGUGGAAUUAUGAGCAGUUAUCAUGAUCUUGAGUUGUCGCAAUCCAGCACUGAGAAAGAACAUUAUCAUCCAUCUUCAUCAACAUUGCUAUCAGACACAUCUGAUCUUACAAGACGAAGAAGUUCAAGUAGAUCAAUUAAGAGAAAGAAAUUUGACGAUGAGUUGGUUGAAUACAAUACUCCCAGCGUGUCUACAGGAAAAGUGACUACAAAUAGAUCAAGAACCAUAUCGUCGCAUAGUGAUUUUUCAAUUGGACCUCCAUCAACAACUCCUCCAAUUCCAGUGGUGCCAGCUUCUUUGCCACCUGCUGAAGUAACAAAACGUAAGAGCCUGCCUAAACCAUUGUCUAGCAGUUCACGUCGCAACAAGAAAAACAAGCCACAGAAUCAAAUUGCCACAAAGGAUUUGGGACGGUGGAAGGCUACUGAUGAUUUGGCUUUGAUUAUUGGUGUGCAGCAAACCAAUGACAUUCGAACUAUUCAUCUGGGUACAAAGUUUUCAUGUCGUUUCACAGUUCAAGAGCUGCAACAGCGUUGGUAUGCCCUUCUGUAUGAUCAAGCAGUGUCUCGAGUUGCUGUGGCAGCGAUGCGCAACCUGCAUCCAGAUAUGGUUGCUGCAGUACAAGAUCGUGCACUCUGGAGUACACAAGAAGAGCAGAUGCUUUCUACUAUUAAGUCUCAAUCAAAUCCAAAUGUGAAUACGUUCUCGGACAUGUUAGCACAGCACCCGGACGUGUUUUAUUCGGGAAGGACAGCUAUCUCGCUGCAAAGGCAUUGGAAUACCUUGAAAAUGUACAAUCUGCUGCCUGAUCAAAUUAGACAACCCAUGCCUACACCAUAUACAACGAGACCAGUUAUGUUUUUUAGCGAUACCGAGGAAAUGAUUCAAGAUUCAGAACUGAAUGAGCCUCCAGAUGAAGGCUUGGAUAGAGAAUUACGUUUACAGCAGAGAAGAAAUACUAGAGAAAUUAGGCAAUUGGAAAAUGAAGUGGGAAGAUGGAAUGUUUUGGUGGAUAGUGUCACUGGUUCAUGUCCAGGCGAAAUGGACUCGCAAACGUUGGCUGUAUUAAGAGGACGAAUGGUGAGGUAUUUGAUGCGAAGCAGAGAAAUUACUAUUGGCCGUAUAGCUAAGGGACAUACAGUUGACAUUGAUUUAUCUCUAGAAGGGCCGGCGCACAAAAUAUCUCGGCGCCAAGCAACUUUAAGAUUGAAGAAUACUGGCGAAUUCUAUUUGUCCUCGGAAGGAAAGAGACCUAUAUACGUAGACGGUCGUCCUAUCACAACUGGGAAUAAAGUUAGACUGUAUGAUAACGCAACAGUGGAAAUAGCUUGUUUGCGCUUCAUUUUCAGCAUAAACCAGGAUCUUAUCAGGGUUAUACAUAAUGAAGCAGUAAGAUAUAACAUGGCCUAAUUUUAUAGAAUUAAUUGAUUUCAUAAUUUAGAAAGAGUAUGUUUAUUUUUUUAAAUAAAACGCUGUGAAGGUGAUUGAAAUAAC